AUGCUUCGACAAAGGCUGACUAUGCUACGGUCCCAAAGGACUUUUAGUAGUACUAGUAGCCAUUUCAGCUCAUAUUCAAAGUCCCUCUUACUACCCAAGACCGACUUUCUGCCUAGAAUUCCCAAGGGACAAGAUAGAGAUGAACUUUUAAAACAUUGUGGGAAGCAGCUCUACAUUAGACAAGCUGAAAGGUCAGAUACUCCCUCAGAGUUUACUCUACACGAUGGACCUCCAUACGCUAAUGGUGAUUUGCAUUUGGGCCAUGCUCUCAACAAGAUUCUCAAGGACAUAAUCAACAGAUUUGAAUUGAUCCAUCGAGGCAAGAAGAUCAACUACAAACCUGGAUGGGACUGCCAUGGUCUACCGAUUGAAAUGAAGGCUGUCAGUGGAUUGACCGAUCUCACUCCCGUGGAAAUCAGAAAACUUUGCAGAGAUUUAGCAGACAGCAUGAUAGACAAGCAGAGAGACCAGUUCCAGGACUUUGCAAUCAUGGCCAACUUUGAUGAUCCUUAUGUAACCAUGACACACGAAUACGAGACGUCGCAGCUUAAGAUCUUCCUUCGCUUGUUCGAAAAUGGCCUUUUAUCUAGACAACUUAAACCAGUUUGGUGGGGCUGCGAGACCCAGACAGCGUUAGCUGAGGCCGAAUUGGAGUAUAACCCAGAACAUAAGUCUGUUGCAGUUUAUGUGAAAUACCCUAUGGUGAAGUCAGACCUUUUUGCCGGCUACGAUAAGGUGAGUCUUUUGAUUUGGACUUCGACUCCAUGGACGCUUCCUGCCAAUAAAGCUAUCUGCGUUCACAAGGAUAUUGAAUAUACCUUGAUCAAGCAUAAGGAGUCAGGCGAGGGAAUUGUUGUUGCUAAGGACUUGGCUUCGUCAGUGUUGGCACUUAACGAGAACUACGAACUUGACGAACUGGUCUCUGUACGUGGUUCUGAUUUGGAAGGUUUAAGAUAUACAACUCCUUCAAACCAGAACGACGAGCUGUAUCCUAUUGUUCAUGGUGAUCAUGUUUCUUCUGGUGCCGGUACUGGUUUAGUUCACACAGCUCCAGCUCAUGGUAUGGAGGAUUACCUCAUUGGUAAGAAACAUGCUCUCAAAAUUGCUUCUGCUGUUGAUGAAAAGGGUCUCUAUAUUGCCCUGAACAUCCCUCAAGGGUACCAAGAUCUUGCUGGUAAAUAUGCCAACGGCAAAAGCUCGAUCUUCAAAGUUAUUGAACGUCUCAUUACUCAUGAAAUGAUCUACAAUGUCAACAAGCUGUAUAAGCAUUCUUAUCCAUACGAUUGGAGAUCGAAAACUCCUGUUGUUCAAAGGGCAACCCCUCAAUGGUUCGUCAAUGUUGAGAAGAUCAAGGAAGCCGCAUCAAACCUGUUGGAUAAUGUCGACUUUGUACCUGCUCUGGGCGUGAACAGACUCAAGGCAUUCAUUCAAAAUAGAAACGAAUGGUGCAUUUCCAGACAAAGAGCUUGGGGUGCCCCAUUACCAAUCGUUUACCACAAAGACACCAAGGAACCUAUUGAAGAUGUCAACGUUCUUCGCCAUACAGUGAACAAAAUAACUGAAUUCGGAACAGAUGCGUGGUUUGAGGAAGAGUCAGAUAUUUCUCGCUGGUUACCAUCUAAUCUUGAUGGUGCUCAGUACUUCAAGGGCAGAGAUACCAUGGAUGUGUGGUUCGAUUCGGGUACCUCUUGGUCUACGCUUUCUUCUGAUUUGGAGGCAUCUUGUGUGUCUGACAAACCCUUGGCUGAUAUUUACUUGGAAGGCAGUGAUCAGCAUAGAGGAUGGUUCCAACUGUCUUUGCUUAAUAAGGUCAUUGCGUCGACGAGCGACGGUAAGAGUUUCAAGCCCGUGGCUCCGUACAAGAAGAUUAUCACCCACGGGUUUCUUCUAGACAAGAAGAACAAGAAGAUGUCGAAAUCUUUGGGUAAUGUCAUCUCCCCACAGCAAGUUAUAGAUGGUGGUGGAAAGCCACUUGUUCCAGCAUUGGGUGUUGAUGGUCUUCGUCUUUGGGUUGCUUCAUCGACAUACACUUCAGACGUUAAUGUUAGUGUUGAAGUGUUCCAAAGGCUUUUGGAAAGUGUGAAGAAAAGUAGAGUUACAUUCAAGUUUUUGCUUGGAAACCUUCACGACUUCACAGCGUCAGACCGCAUUGAACUUGCCAACUUAAACAGCAUAGAUAAGUGGGUACUUUCUCGUUUGCAUCAUGUCCAAGAGAAGGUUCUUGGCCACUACAACACUCACAACUUUGCUGGAGUUGUGAGAGAGCUCAACUCGCAUAUCAGUGAACUCAGUGCAUACUACUUUGAUAUCUCCAAGGAUUGUCUUUACACCGAUCACCAGAACUCCCACAGAAGGAGAAGUAUUCAGACAGUUUUGGAGCAGAUUUUGAAGCUGUACAUUGGUCUUUGGAGUCCGAUCCAACCGUUGAUUGCCCAGGAGGCAUGGCAGUUGUACUCCAAGCAGAUGGACAUUUCCGAAACAUCACCUUUCAUGGUGCCCUGGAGUUUCUUUGAAGUUCCCGAAGCUGCUCGUAAUGCUGAAAUCGAAAAUGAAAUCUCCGAAUUGUGGAAAAUCAGAGACGCCUUGUACAAAGAAUUGGAGCAAUUAAGAAAGGACGGCCAUUACAAGAAUAAACUAGAGGUGGAGAUCUUCUUACAGCCCCAGGGAGAACAGGCAGCGUUACUUUUAAACAAACACCUGAAACUUCUAGACGACUACUUCCUUAUUUCCAGAGCCACCGUGGGUGCCCCUACAACGUCAACUGAAGGACCUACCAGAAAACUCACAAUUGGUGAUUUCUGCAACGGCACUGUCCAUGUCCAAGUACAACGUUCAUCCUCCAGCAAAUGCCCUCGUUGCUGGAAGUACAUUGCCGAAUCCGAAGAAACACUUUGCCAAAAGUGUUCAGACGUUGUUGGAUAA